UCCCAGCCAGACGAGGUCAUGCGCCACGUCGCGGUGCCAACUUUAUCACCUUAUCAUCAUCGCGCCUCCCCGCACCUGUCCUGUGUGUGUCUGUGUGUAAUUCCUCCCGAGGCACCCAUGAUUGGUGCGUCCCGCCAACGUGUCACAAGUUUGGCUGGAUUACUCCAGAUCUCCUCCGAUCUCCGCUCUCGCUUGCUGAGCUUCUUCUGCCGCGGGACGCUUGAGUCGAGUCACCUGGGCGGCACGUGCGGCACCCGCGGGCGCAUCCAUCCAUCCAUCCAUCCAUCCAUCCAUCCAGCUCCCGGAGAAAGUUUUCUUCAUCUGAGUUCUUGUUCUUCUUCGUCUUCUUCUUAUUCUUCUUCUUUUCCUUCUUCUUGCCCUCUCCCUCAACAUCCGCAACGAACAUCAUCAUCAUGUUGUCCACCGCCGACACGCAGACGGUCGCGGGUCCCCCGACGGGCAGCGCGCCCUCCCGGCUCCUGACGGCCCUGCUGCUGAUGGCUGCGCUCGCCGCGGAGGGGAUGAGCGCCGCCACCACCGCUGGCGGCUCCGGCGGCUCCGGCGGCUCCGGCGGCUGCGCGUCCUGCGGCUUGCCGGCCAUGGAGAAGGGCUCCGAGGAGAAGCUGCUCGUCGAGAUCGCCAAGCAGCAGAUCCUGACCAAACUGCACCUGAAGGAGCGUCCCAACAUCACGCACGCGGUGCCUCGCGCGGCGCUGCUCGCGGCGCUCCGCAGGCUGCACGCGGCACGCACGAGGCAGGACGGCACGCCGGAGCGGGACGGCAGCCUGGCGAGAGCCAGAGAUCAGCAGGGCUACGAGAUCGUGAGCUUCGCGGAUCUGGAUGACAUAGACUCCAGCGGUACCCAGCCCAGGCUGGCCUUCCAGUUUCUGCAGGAGCGUGGUCACAGUGUGCAGGUACUGCAGUCCUCACUGUGGCUCUACGUGCAUUCUGCAGACCCCCCGCUCAAAGACUCUCGCACCUCCGCUCAGAUCUACCUCUUGGGGCAGGGGGGUGCAAAUCGAACUCUGGUGUUCCAGAAGACACUGGAGGUCCAGAAGGACAGUUGGCACACCUUCCCUAUCACCCACACCCUGCAGGCCUUCCUUGACGGAGGCCAGCGGAGACUGCAGCUGGAGGUGAACUGCAAGGCAGGUGAGCAGGACCUCUGUGCGCAGGGCGGGUCUGCCAACACGUCCCACCAACCGUUCCUGGUGGCGCAGGUGCGCCUGCGCGAGGACGAGUCCAGGCACACCCUGAGGAAGCGCUCUCUGCUCUGCGGCGAUGACGUGACCAUCUGCUGCAAAAAGGAAUUUUACAUCAAGUUCAAGGACAUCCAGUGGCAGGACUGGAUCAUUGCACCAGACGGCUACCACAUGAACUACUGCAUGGGCCAGUGCCCCCACCACCUGGCCGGCUCCCCGGGUAUAGCGUCCUCCUUCCACGCCACGGUUUUCAGCCAGCUCAAGGCCAACGGCAUCAACACAGCCGUGUCUUCCUGCUGCGUCCCCACCCAGCGCCGGCCGCUCUCCAUGGUCUACUUCAACUCGCAGCACAGCAUCGUCAAGGCCGACGUGCCCGACAUGGUCGUGGAGUCGUGCGGGUGCACGUAGACGGGGCGAGACCUGUGACUGAUAGACACAGAGUGUCGGUGUCGGUGGGAGUGCGGUUUUGGCAUAGGCGGAAAUUUACCUGCUGCUUUCAAUGUCUCUACACACGUGCUGUCAGAUUCUCGAACGCACGCUGUGUGGCGUGUCGUCGCUGGCCAGCAAUAACGCUAAAAACGAAGGGCCCAGUGUACAUUUGAUAGGGAAGACGGCGAAUCGUCACAAGCAACAAAAGCUUAAAUGCAAUAUGCAGCCAAAAAGGAGUCUCUUCGCUGUAGUAAGACUCCGCUCUCCUCAACCUUUCUGCCGUAAAGAUUAAUGCAAUUGUUAAUGCUACGUUUUUUUGUAUGUGAUUUUUUUAGGGCAGUUCCUUGCGUAGAAAGCAUUUUAAAACGUUACUACUCUGAGUAAAAAAAGCGCAGUGCCUGAGUUAGGGAGGAAUUUUUCAGAAGAGAUCCUUACAGGAAUGACCAGGUUGAGGAGAUGCAGGGUGCAGGUUUUCGGCAUUGAUGAAAGCUCUUUGUUGCAUUGAUAAACCCAACGCCAUACAUGUGUGCUGCUGCAUGUGAAGCCUCACGCUUGAAAGGAUGGUAAAAUUGCAGUGCCAGUUAACCUCUUCUUGUGUUUUUUUUUUUUUUUUUUUUUAAUAUCGGGUCUUGCCACUCUUUGCUGUGAUGAGCAACAUACUGGUAAAAGUGUGACGUUUUCUCUCAUCAGCUUAUUAUUUAAUCUCAUUACAGCUCCAGUUGUAAAAUGCAGAACAUGCAACGUUACUGCAUGCAAAAUGCAAGGGCCAAACAGAAAUACGUGUAAGUGCCUUUUCCCUUUCACUUCAUCAAAACUGGGAAAUAGGGAACAACAUGAAUUAGUUCCUUCUUUUCUGACUUUGAUUUCCCAAAUCUGGAAAAUCUUAAUAAACUUAAAAUUUUAGUGGAGAAUCUCCUAAAGCCAGGUGUAGCGCACAGAUUUUUAUUGCCUCGGCUUGGUCAGCACUGCCGUGCCACAGUAAUUUGUUCAUUCUUUAAAGUGGAAAUCAUGUGUGUGGUAGAAAAACGGAAGUUGUGCAGAUGCAAAAAACAAGUGA